GGAGUAUAUAGAGGAACACAGGGGUCUGUACAAGGACGUGAUGAUGGAGAAUCACCGGCCCCUCACAUCACUGGAUGGACCCAGUAACAGAGAUACCCCAGAGAGAUGUCCCCGUCCUCUGUAUUCCCAGGACUGUACAGAGGAGAAUCACAGGAUCCCACUGGAGGAUCAGGUAGAACGUCUGUCUGAUAUUAAGGCAGAAGAUAUAGAGGAAGAAGAAGAGACGUAUGUGAUGGAUAUAAAGGCAGAAGAUAUAGAGGGAGAAGAAGAGACGUAUGUGAUGGAUAUAAAGGCAGAAGAUAUAGAGGGAGAAGAAGAGACGCAUGUGACUGAUAUGAAGGCAGAAGAUAUAGAGGGAGAAGAAGAGACGUAUGUGACUGAUAUAAAGGCAGAAGAUAUAGAGGGAGAAGAAGAGACGUAUGUGACUGAUAUAAAGGCAGAAGAUAUAGAGGGAGAAGAAGAGACAUAUGUGACUGAUAUAAAGGCAGAAGAUAUAGAGGGAGAAGAAGAGAAGUAUGUGACUGAUAUGAAGGCAGAAGAUAUAGAGGGAGAAGAAGAGACGUAUGUGACUGAUAUGAAGGCAGAAGAUAUAGAGGGAGAAGAAGAGACGUAUGUGACUGAUAUAAAGGCAGAAGAUAUAGAGGGAGAAGAAGAGACGUAUGUGACUGAUAUAAAGGCAGAAGAUAUAGAGGGAGAAGAAGAGACGUAUGUGAGGGGUGAUCAGCAGUGUAAGGAGGAGGAGAUCCCUACAGAUAUCAGCACAGCAGAUGGACACACAAGCAGGAAUAUCUCAGAAGGAUAUCUAAUGUUAUCCCCGGAUUGCGAAAUAAGAGAUAAUGACAGUAGACAGGAUUCUCCAGGAGAUAACCCCAUUACCCCAAUUAUACAUCUAGCUCUAUCAGCUGGUCCCCCUGAUCCUAGGAAAUGUUCUCCUGAUCACUCUGAUAUUGGUGCAUCUGUUACAGCUCUGAGAGUAGAUACAGAGUUUCCAUGUGCUAUAGAUGCCAAAUGUGUUACACAGAAUACAAAGCCUAUUAACCCACACACAGGUAAGGCAGGUGGAAGGCCACUGAUAUGUUCAGAGUGUGGGAAAUGUUUUACAAAUAAAUCAUAUCUUGUUAUACAUCAGAGAAGUCACACAGGUGAGAAGCCAUUUCCAUGUUCUGAGUGUGGGAAAUGUUUUGCAUACAAAUCAUAUCUUGUUAGACAUCAGAGAAGUCACACAGCUGAGAGGCCAUUUCCAUGUUCUGAGUGUGGGAAAUGUUUUGCAUACAAAUCACAUCUUGUUAAACAUCAGCAAAGUCACACAGGUGAGAAGCCAUUUCCAUGUUCUGAGUGUGGGAAAUGUUUUGCACACAAAUCAGAUCUUGUUAUACAUCAAAGAAGUCACACAGGUGAGAGGCCAUUUUCUUGCUCUGAGUGUGGAAAAUGUUUUAUCCAGAAAUUACAUCUUGUUAUACAUCAAAGAAGUCACACAGGUGAGAAGCCAUUUCCAUGUUCUGAGUGUGGGAAAUGUUUUGCACACAAAUCAGAUCUCGUUAGACAUAACAGACAUCACACAGGUGAGAAGCCAUUUUCUUGCUCGGAGUGUGGGAAAUGUUUCGCACUCAAAUCAGAUCUUGUUUUACAUCAGAGACAUCACACAGGGGAGAAGCCAUUUCCAUGUUCUAAGUGUGGGAAAUGUUUCGCAAACAGAUCAGAUCUUAUUAAACAUCAGAGACGUCACACAGGUGAGAAGCCAUUUCCAUGUUCUGAGUGUGGGAAAUGUUUCGCACACAGAUCAGAUCUUAUUAAACAUCAGAGAUGUCACACAGGUGAGAAGCCAUUUCCAUGUUCUGAGUGUGGGAAAUGUUUUGCACGCAAAUCAUAUCUUGUUAUACAUCAGAGACGUCACACAGGUGAGAAGCCAUUUCCAUGUCCUGAGUGUGGGAAAUGUUUUGUACACAAAUCAGAUCUUGUUAUGCAUCAGAGAAGUCACACAGGUGAGAAGCCAUUUCCAUGUUCUGAGUGUGGGAAAUGUUUCGCACACAGAUCAGAUCUUAUUAAACAUCAGAGAUGUCACACAGGUGAGAAGCCAUUUCCAUGUUCUGAGUGUGGGAAAUGUUUUGCAUACAAAUCACAUCUUGUUAUACAUCAGAGACGUCACACAGGUGAGACGCCAUUUCCAUGUCCUGAGUGUGGGAAAUGUUUUGUACAUAAAUCAGAUCUUAUUAUACAUCAGCGAAGUCACACAGGUGAGAAGCCAUUUCCAUGUACUGAGUGUGGGAAUUGUUUUGCACACAAAUCAGAUCUUGUUAAACAUCAGAGACGUCACACAGGUGAGAAGCCAUUUUCUUACUCUGAGUGUGGGAAAUGUUGUUUAACCACUUAACUAUUUAUUUAGUAAAAAAACGCUUCCGGUCCCUCUGACAGCAGCAGCAGAGGGAAGUUUAUCUUCCCUGCCGCUGCUAACACUAUCUGACUGGUCGCAUCCCGUGCCACCAGGUCAGAUAGAGCACUUGCAGGCAUGGUUAAGUAAAUCACAUCUUGUUAGACAUCAGCGAAGUCACACAGGUGAGAAGCCAUUUCCAUGUUCUGAGUGUGGGAAAUGUUUUGUACACAGAUCAGAUCUUGUUAAACAUCAGGGACGUCACACAGGUCAGAGGCCAUUUCCAUACAUAAAUCAGCACAAUAGAAAUCACUCAGGUGAGAAACCAUUUUAAACUUCUGCAGUAUACUUAUCAUUGCCAUGCGAUGUUCUUCAAGGUUCUUUCUCUUACGUCCUAGAGGAUGCU